AUGAAGAUUGAAAAACAAGUGCUUCACCCUAUCCAUCCAUGGCACAACCUGAAUCUAUCCCACACUGAUACCCCUUUCAACUGUGCUGGCUGUCAUGAAGCUGGUAUUGGCUUCAACUACCAAUGCCUGCAAUGUGACUUCACCUUGCACAAGCUCUGUGCCAUGGCCCCUCCCAAGAUCACUCACCCGUUCUACCCGAAAUGUGCUUUCGACUUCUUCUUUUCUCCCCCCGGUGCCACCGCGAGGUUCUGUGACGCUUGUCGAAAUGAUGUUUCGGGAUUUGUUUACCAUUGUAAACGCUGUGGUUUCGAUCUCCACCCUUGUUGCGCAAAUCUCCCUCAAGUGCUUGAUGAUGGCGAACACGAUCUUUACCUUAGUAUGAAGCUUUCGGGACCGUGCCAUCGUUGCGGAGGCCGGGGACCGGGAUGGUCUUAUAAGUCGAAAUGUAGGAGCUAUAAUCUUCACUUGUCUUGUGUGAAGGAAUUGCUUGUAGAGAGCUGGCAAGCUAUGUACCUAAAAGUGGAUAAGAAUAAAGUCAUUGAGGUUCAGACAAGGAUUCCAAGCCUUAAGGGGACAUGCCAAAGCCAUCCAAGGGGAAGAGGAAAGGUUGAGCAAGGGUUUCUAAUGGCUAGCCGGGCCGUUCGGUGCAUCGUCUCCGCUAUGCUCGGCGACCCGACAGCCAUGAUUGCUGCCGUUGUUGGUAGCCUCAUAUCCAAGUAA